GUAACACAGGUGAUCUAAAUGAGGACGCGCUUUCUGAAAGAAUGCACAGCUUUGAGGGUGUGUGGAUGUGAUCCACUGAUACCCUGAACCGGUUCUUUGUUCCCCUGUUGAACUAAAACUUCCCCUGAAAUCAGAGCAGCAUGAAUAUGUUCAGAAGAGAAAAAGGCUCAACAGCCCCAUCUCCGGUGGUCCCACCUAGACCCAGCCAGGAGGAUCUAGAGAACCCCAUCACGCACAGCCAGAACAAACAGGAUGCAGGAACGGCUGCAGCCUCACAGAGGACCGGGGUGAUGGGAGUUAUGCAGAAGGUCAACCCGUUCAAGUCUACCUCUCAGGCCCCGUCUGCAGUCAGCAAAGCUCCUUCUGCAGAAUCACUAGAACAGCGAACAGACUCCACACAGAGGACCGGGGUGAUGGGAGUUAUGCAGAAGGUCAACCCGUUCAAGUCUACCCCUCAGGCCCCGUCUGCAGUCAGCAAAGCUCCUUCUGCAGAAUCACUAGAACAGCGAACAGACUCCACACAGAACCCUGGCGUGCUGAAAGGGGUCAUGCAGAAAGUCAACCCUUUCAAGUCCACCUCCCAGGUCUCAAAAGCGCCAUCUUCAGAGUCACUGGAACAGGGAAAGGCUUCAGACUCUAAUCAGAAUCCUGGUAUGUUGAAGGGGAUGAUGCAGAAAGUCAACCCGUUCAAGCCUUCCACACAGGCGCCAAAGAGCGAUCCUCAAAACGAUUCUGCACAUCCGCCAGAGACAGAAAAGGAGCUUCAAGGCAAACAGAAUCCAGGGAUGAUUGCAGGAAUGAUGCAGAAAGUCAACCCAUUCAAAUCCUCACAGCCAAAGGACACGCAGCCUCUGCACAGCGACCUCUCCUCCAGCGAUGGAAGCUUGGCCGACAAUAACAACUUGCCAGAGAAGCAGAACCCUGGGAUGUUCAAAGGGAUGAUGCAGAAAGUAAACCCCUUUAAGUCUUACACACAGAUGCCAGACGACGAAUGUGAGACAGACUCUGCGGUUUCCAGCACAGCUUCCUCAUUCAAGACACAGGAAUCCAAAAUGAGUCAAAGCGAGCACUCCACCAGCUCUGAAAGCUUGGACGACAGCGCCAUAGAGAGACAUUCUAUCUGGUAUACUGAUGCCGACACCAGCUGUGAGGUGAAAAGCCAGCCGACGGAGGCACCGAAGAAAAGAACUAUGACUUUCAGAAUAAAGCGGAUCCUGCCCAGCGCACUGUUCGGGUCCGGCACAAAGGACUCUGCAGCAGCACCACCUGACGCUCCCCAGGAAACAGUUGAAGUUCAGGCGCUCGAGAUGGCUGAAGUACCAGUGCCCAGUGAAGGAACAGUCCUGGACCCUCUAGACGAUGAGGAAGGCCUUUUAGCGUGGUGGAGAACAGUCGAGGGCUGGGAUGAGUGGAAUGAGGCAAAUCAGAAUGAUGAAGCUGAAGAAGUGGUGGAACACGCAGCUGAUCGCGUCUUCAUGGCAGCUCGUCUUUUUGUUCGCUUCUUCAACCAGCGUGGCGCCUCGCUGCAGCAGCGUAUCCUGGAGCUGCUCGCUUUGGCCGAUUCAGCUGACAUUUUCCAUAAGAAAACGGUCACGGCCAGCGUCGGCGGCGGGGUGGCCAGCGUCGCGGGCUCGAUCACUACCAUUACCGGCCUCAUCCUGGCGCCCUUCACGGCGGGAACGUCGCUCAUCGUCACCGCCGUGGGCAUCGGCGUCGCCACAGCAGGCGGGGUGACGUCUGCUUCGGCCAACAUCACAGACACCGUCCAUUCAAAGACGGACCGCAAGAAGGUGGAGAAGAUGAUCCAAGACUACCAGGAGGAGAUGAAGGACAUCAAGGAGUGCCUGGAGUUUUUGCAGCAAGGGAUGGAGACACUUGAAGAGUGGAACUUCGAGCAGUACACUGAGAGCAUCUCAAAGAAGCACCUCAACCAGAACGUCAAACAUGUAAUGAAGGAGGGCGGCCGGGCCGGCAAGGCUUUGCUGAUCAACACAGAGAGCCUGAUUAGUACCGUUCAGGUCCUCAGUGUCGCAGGAGGCGCUGCUAAAGCUGCCCAGGUGAUGAGCGUUACCACUGGAGUCAUGUCAGGCCUCUUCUUGGCUCUCGAUGUCUUUUUCCUGGCCAAGGACUCCAUGGAGCUGAAAAAGGGCGCGAAGACGGAAUUUGCGACGAAGAUCCGUGAAGUUUGCAAGGACCUGCAGGACGGGCUGCUGGAGCUGAACCGCAUCAAGGAAGAGCUGCAGAAAACCAUGGAUGGGAUAGAGGUGGAGGUAGAGGAGGAGGAGGAGGAAGAUAAUGAGGAGCUGUUGAAGUCUGAACUGAAGAAGCUUGUUGAGCUUGAAGAAUGAAGGACAGCGGUUCAAAAACCAAAGGCCUCACUGUCUUAACCCUAAAACUAGUGUCCAUUUAAAAAUGUAGUUUUAGCUGAAUCGAUGCUGCAGUUUUGGUAGUUUUUACAAUCUUUCAAUUGUUACUGUUUCUUCCAAGAGCUAUUUUGUAGUAAUAUUUUAAAUAUUUAUAUUAUUUAAAGUAGUCAUUCUAAUGAAAUGUGCUAAAGCAAAACUUGCUGUAUUGUCAUUUGUUGAAAUAAUGCCAGUUUCUUCAAUAAAAGUGGUUUCCUGCUUAUUUUCCAUUACACUACAUUUCUCAGUUAAAGGAAUGGUAGGAGCUCAAUACCCAACCAAUUAGUAGAGGGAGGGGGAAAAAUGUAAGCACGGGAUUCAGGGGGUGGACGAGGCGUCAGCGUCUUGUGUUAAUAAUGCACACAUGAAGGAGAGAAAAUGUCGAAAGCCCUGCCUGUCUGCCUUUUGGAGUUUCCGUUGAUGAAUUCCUCCUGUCACUGGCUGUUUACAACCAACAAGUGAAUUAUAUACCCAGCGCUAGCUACAAAGCAUGACAGCUGUGGCAGGUAGCCAAAAAAGGUAUCACGUACCUUGGAAAUAACUGAGGUCAUGGAAAAAGAACCAAAACACUUUGUUAAUGUUGGGGCUGAACGACUUCAGACAUCGCAAUGUUACGUAAUUCUCAAAUUGCAAAAGUGUUUUUUUUU